AUGGCGGGUCCAAACCCACCAUAUUACAAUUCAACUUCCAAAUCCACCACUAUCAACCCUCACUGGAAAAAAACCAAGCUUUAUUCACUUGCUCUCAUCACUGGACUGUGUUCCCUCGCGUACCUCCUUGGCGUCUGGCAACAUGGCGGCGGCUCCAUCACAUCCAUCACCGCCAACCUUGGUGCCUCCAUCCCAUGUACCAUUUCCACCAAGAACUCUACCAAAACCCCUACAACCACAACAUCAAUAUCAACCUCCACACAACCCCUAGACUUCGCCACCCACCACUCCCUCGAUGACGGCGGUGCUGUCUCACUUCCCGACGAGAUCAUCAAAACCUACCCACCUUGUGACGUGAAGUACAGCGAAUACACACCAUGUGAGGACCCAGAAAGAUCUCUGAAGUUUAACAGACGCCGGUUGAAAUACAGAGAGAGGCAUUGCCCUGAGAAGGGUGAACUACUGAAGUGCCGUGUACCUGCGCCUCACGGUUACAUGAACCCAUUCAAAUGGCCAAUGAGCAGGGAUCUGGUGUGGUAUGCCAAUGUACCACACAAGGAAUUGACGGUGGAGAAAGCGGUUCAGAACUGGAUUAGAUAUGAAGAGGACCGGUUCAGAUUCCCUGGUGGUGGGACCAUGUUCCCCAACGGUGCUGAUGCCUACAUCGAUGAUAUUGGCAAGUUGAUCAAUCUCAAAGAUGGGUCUAUUCGGACCGCCAUUGAUACUGGUUGUGGG